UACUCUUGCGUGGCUUCUCUCUCUCUCUCUCUCUCUAUCUUAAUGAAUGGGGCCAUUUCAUUCAACUCCAUUUCUCUGCAGAACUGCUUUUCUUUUUCUUCCUUUUUCUGGGCCUGUUGGGACACUCUCUCUCCUUUUUAGUGGGUUCUCUCUGUUGUUGGUGUCUUUUAUUUUCAAAACCCAUUUGUGUUCAAGAGCUUUAAAUCUUUGUGGACAGAGAGGGAGAGAUUAUGAAUCUUGUUGGGGUCUGAAACUGUGAAUCUCAGUUUCUUGGGGUUUGAGUUCUUGGAGAAAACUCCACUUUUCUGUUCAUGCAAACAAAUUAACCCCACUUUUUUGUGUUGGCUCUUUUUUUUUUCUUCAUUUCUUUUAUGACCCUCUGAAAGAGGUGGGGAUAAUGCAGGAGUCCUGUUGGCUUUUUCACCUUAUUCUUUUUGUUAAAGACGAAACAAAGGUUUUUACUACUGUUUCCUGGCUUUUUUGACAAUUCUCUUUUUAUGGAGAAACAGAAAACCAAUGAUUUUAUGUGAACUUUGCAUUGCAAUGGCUUCUUUUGGAGUUCUCUGAGAAAAGCCUACAUGUAUUUCUCAAUCAAAAUACAGUAACAGACCACUUUAUAUUUUGAGUAGGGUGAACGAUUUCUCAUCUCUGAUCCCCUGGAAUUCCAUUGAACCUGCACGAAAAUUCUUGACUCCGAUACUUUGCUUUUAUAAGGUUUUGGUGAAGAAAAUAGUUUCCUAAGCUGGUUUUUCUAUUGAUAGAUAAAUGCAAGGUUGAAAGCUACUCUUCGAAUCAUUGCAGGUUCCUGGUGGAUCAUCUGAGCAAGAUAGAAUGAUUAUGGGGACGACAUAAAAUAUAUGGUUGCAGCAAGAAAAUUUGUGCAGUUGUUUUUGUUGUAAAAGUGCACGAAAAAAAGUUGAAUCAAGGAAGUUUGUUAUAUAGUGAAAUUAAAUUGGCUUAACAGACAAUUGAAGCUUAAGAACCCCAAAUGAAGAAGCAGCUGCUUAUGCCCGAUCCCAUGUGAUUUUUGUGCCCACUAUAUGAUGGAGAAUGAUAUGUUCAGCGUUUCACGAGCCAUGGGAAACCGAAAUCCUGUGGUUGUUGAUGGGAUUCCAUCGCGGACAGCCCCAAAUUCAAUUGUUGAAUCCCACUCAUUUAGCAUCAUCAACCAAAAUCAGACACUAGCUGAAUUUCCAGUGCUUCCAUCAGCGCAAGGAGAAAUUAUCAGUGAUCUCUGUGCUGAUCUACACAUAACUAAUCGUGCCAGGUUCUUCGACUCAAAUGCAUUGGUCACAUCUCUUGGAAGGACUGUUGUGAGUGAUGUUUCACUUGGCAGUUCACCUUCAGAGGAUAAUAUGGAGUUUCAGGAGCAAUUCAUGGGCAGAACAGCCAUCUCUUCUAUUCCACCUGCAAAGUGUGUUCCUCAAGAAAACUUAAACGAGUUAGCAAUCAUAGCACCUUCCAUCUACCCUCUGGAUGUCAGGACUUAUUCUUCAACUAGCUGUUCUGAUGGCAUAAAUUCUUCUCUGGUAACCUCUGUGAACUGUGUAUUUAACGAAGCACUUGGUAAUUUGAACAAUAAGUGGGAUUUUGAGAAGUUUCCUUCUCCUCUGGAGCUUGUUGGGAAACCCCCAUUGAGAACAGCAUGUCAACCAUAUACAUCAAUAGGAUGUCCGGAUCCAAACGGGUGGAUUUCAUCAAAUGGGGCAAAUAUGAGCAUAGAUUAUCCUUGUGGUUCCUCUAAACAUAGUAAUGAGCUCUCUUUAAGUCUCGCCACAUCUCUGCCUGCUGUCAUUAGCGGUAACAAUAUACCUGAUCAGUCCUCUGAGAUAAACUGUUCUGGUGCAAAUCACUUCUGCUUGAAUACAACAAGGUUAGGCUCAGAACAACCUUCUUGUAAUGCUAAGGAGCUUUCUCUGAGUUUUGGUUCUUAUGGACCAGUUCAAGAAUCACACCUGAUAUCAGGAUCAAGAUAUCUUCAUGCAGUUCAGGAAAUACUUGCUCAAAUUGCAAGCUAUUCACUGGAAAAUCUAGACCAGAUGAGUGUUGGAGCUGGAGCAACCAUUCCAUUCUCCUCAAGCUUUCUAGCAGGGAGAGGGAUGGCACUGAUGGAUCCAAAUGAGCAUCCUGAUAUUGAUGGUAAUUCUGAGGUUCGAUUAGAGCCAGAAGUACGAAAACGAACUGUUGAGGCAAAGAAAACUCAACUUCUGACUCUACUGCAAGUGGUUGAUGACAGAUACAGUCAAUGCUUGGAUGAGAUCCAUACAGUUAUAUCUGCAUUCCAUGCUGCAACUGAGUUGGACCCUCAGGUGCAUGCUCGUUUUGCUCUACAGACAAUCUCUUUCUUAUACAAGAACCUAAGAGAGAGGAUCAGCAACCAAAUCCUAGCUAUGGGAGCAAAUUUUGACAGUGGAUAUACAGGAGGCAGGGAAAAAUCUUUUCAGAAUUCAUUCAUCCAGGAGCAAUGGGCACUGCAGCAGCUAAAGAAAAAAGAUCAAUUAUGGAGACCACAGAGAGGGUUGCCUGAAAAGUCUGUCUCAGUUUUACGUGCGUGGAUGUUUCAGAACUUUCUUCACCCGUACCCUAAGGAUGCAGAGAAACAUUUACUUGCAAUUAAAAGUGGCUUGACAAGGAGCCAGGUCUCCAACUGGUUCAUAAAUGCUCGUGUUCGACUAUGGAAACCAAUGAUAGAGGAAAUGUACUCAGAGAUGAACAGGAGAAAGGCUCGGCAAAAUGAGGAGGGAACCAACAGCAACCACAGAAGCCAGAUAAGCAUCAACAAUCAAAGAUUUAACAUUAAUUGAAGCUGAAGAAAGAAUCAAGGGGACAAAGAAUUCGAGCAGGUUUCAAUAGGAAAGAAACAACACAUCCACCUCAAGGUUACAACUGUACAUAAUGCUCCAUAUAGUUGGAACCUUAGCCUUAAGGAUAUAAUUCUAUCAGUAAUUAGUAUAUAUUCUAUUCAACAGUAAUCCCUUUGUUGAAAAUAUUAUGAAUUCAUAUUAAAUUAUAUGGAAUUACUUGGUAUGAAGA